AUGCAGGGCCUGCCGACGAUUGAGGGCUGGUUGGACAAGCAGGGUGGAGUGCGCAAGAGCUGGAAGCGACGAUACUUCGUCUUGGAUGGGAAAAAGCUCAAAUACUUCAAGCAGCAGAAAGAUGCCCCCAGCAAACCCAUCGAUUUUAUCCUCCUCGACCGCACGUCCAAGAUUAUCUACAUUCGGGACAAGGUCCGCCCCACCGAUCCUUCGCCGGGCUGCGGCUUUGCCAUAGAAACGCCCUCUCGCACGUACAUCCUGGCGGCGGGUUCGACACCGGAGAGGGACAAGUGGGCGAUCGACAUUCAGAUGGCGCUCUCGGUUCUGUAUGGGCUGCCCAAGCCGGUCACACUCGCCCGAUCUGAGGCUCCUGCCUCUGCAGUGGCCGACCAGCCACAGCAACCGCCAGCCGUGGCCCCGCUUACCCACCAACCGUCAGCCACAUCCCUACCGUCCGCCUCAACGCCAGCCAGCAAUGGAGGUCCGGCGAAGCCCUCGCCACGGUACUCCAUGGCCUAUUCCGAAGUGCCAAUCCGCCAGUCUGUCGUGGAUGUCGGGCCAUCUGGGGGAGUGGACGGGGCCGUGAUCGAGGAUUACAACAGCGAGUCGGAGGCCCGGCGGGGCACGUCGCAAAACCUGCUCAGCAUGGCCAAGAGCGGACUCAACUCGCUCAACCCCAUCUCCGGCGCCAGCGGCUUUUCUGGAAGAGGAACUCUGCUAGGUCGAAAAGAUGAGGUCGAGAUGCUGAAGGAGGAGCUGGUGCGAAAAGAUCGCCAGCUAGAACUGACGGAACGGAAGCUGAAGGUGUUGGACAGCGCCUAUGCCGAUAUGUCGGAGAAGUAUUUUGUGAGUGUGGCGGUUUUCGCCAAGAUGAACGCAACGACAGAGGGCUACUACUGUAACAUAGACGUCUACCAGCUCUACUCCGAAGCUCAGCGGAUGAACAUCGAUCCGCACGAGUGGCCGCAGUGGAUCACGCAGGAGAUCCAAAAGAACGCGACACGCAUGCGAAACUGA